CUUGUAACUUUCUCAAGAUAACAUAUCUUCCUCACUUCCAUUACCGUUAUGUUUGUUGCAGAAGAGCAAAAACGAAACAGAGAGAGAUGUUAGGGUUAGGGUUUACUUCAGUCUCCAUUAACAGAGCUCCAAUUCUAUCAUCUCUUUCAGACCGGAGUAAUCCUGAUACUAAACCCCAACCUCGCCCGAAAAACGUCGCCACUCCACUGCAACCGCCGUCUGUUCCCGCCGGAAAGCAACAAACAGGGAAGAAACCCUCAGUUGCUGAAGUUGAACGAGCUAUUGGAGCCGGUAUAUACAAAGACCGUGAUCUCAACAGGGAGUCUGAGCAGGAAAAGACUCUGUUUGAUAAAAUAUUGUCAAAUUCGAUUGGUACGACGGAAGGAGAUGUGGAGAAGAAGCUGAGAGAGACUGGUGAAUGGCUUAUUGAUCAAACUGAAGGUCCAUCUGGAUCUGGUUCACCUGGGAAGAAUAUUCUGAAGGUGGUGUUUUUGUGGAUUCUUCCUGUGUGGAUUCUGUCAUUUCUUGUGGCUUCUGGUAUCGUAAAGAUACCAUUCGUCAAUCUUGAUGAUUUAAUCUUGUGAACCAAAGGCUGCAUGAUUGAUUUCCGAUGUGCUUCCUUUUGUGGAUUAACUGUACAUACGACAUAGUACACAACUACAUUGUUUCUGUAUAAUGCAUACACGAAAUGGUAAAUUUAUUCAUCUUAUUAUGUGACAUGACACAAUACUCACUCA